UCAAAUGCAGGUCACCUUCCUUUCCUUCCUACCCAGAAUGCACAUCUAAAUCAAAUCAAUACACUUUGUCAACCAGUGGCGAUGCCUUCUCAUUUACACGAAAGUUUGAACAUACAUUCUGCAAAUUUUAAUUAUUUAUCAAAUCAGAAUUUGAGUUCUCCUGCAGAUUCUCAGACUCAUAAUUUAAACUUUAACGAUAUUUGGCGAACAUCAUAUGAAAUGGUUACUAAUACUACGGAUCUGUUAAUGCGUGAAUUUAGAAUUAGACAUCCAAGUCGCAGUAAUGUUGACACAAAUUCUCUAAGUCAUCAAAAUGAUGUGGUUAACAAUAACCAAACAUCAAGUACUGCCAGUACUGGACAGCCAGAACAUGUAAAUACAAACAUGUUUCAAUCACAAUGUCAUAUCUCUGGUGUUUGUUCACCAGCCAUUCAACUAGCUGGAAGUGGUCAACAUAUAGAAAGUAGUUUCUAUCCAAAUUAUAAUCAGAAUGGGGCAGAGUUUAUCCUCCCCCAUGUUAACAUUCUAACUCAAAAUCUGAUCAAUUCAAUGAAAAACAUUCUUCCUCAUAAUUUACCUGACAUUAGCAAUAUAUUAGAUGAAGAGAGAUUGCGAUUAGAAGAACAUGACAUUAAUUACCAUAGACAAUCUUCUGGUGUAAAUAAUGAGGUGAAUUCUUCACCCUAUCUAACAAAUGUAAGUUACACUGGACCAGCUGCACUCAAUAUACAAUCAGAUACACUGACCAGCGAAGAUCAGGUGUUCUGUACAAGUUCACAACAGUGUGUUUCUGCAAGUCUACAACAGGUGACAUGUACACAUUCACAACAGUGUGCUUCUGCAGCAUCAGGGAGAAACACAUAUGCAAAUACAGUGUUUAAUGGCAAUCAAGUUGAAUGUUUUAAUAGCAGUUAUACAUCAGAAUUGGACUCUACCACUAAAAAUAGAAAUAGGGAAUGUAAGAAGAGACAUAAAAAACAUGAGAUUGAAGCUGUUGACAGCUCUCCUAGUAAAAAUAUAAAGUCUGAAACGAAUCGAGACAAGAUUAAGAUGUAUCCUAGCAUUUCUCGCAAUGGAAAUGAUCACUCCAAUAUAACUAAUAAUAUAGGCAUUGAUGCAAGCAGUUUUCAGUCUAAGCCAGGUAUCUUUGUUGAAAAUUCUACUGUGGAUAACAGCUCUGUAUGCACAUCAUCUGGUACCAGUUUAGUAAAUGAAGGAGCCAGAAUCAUUUGUAGUAAAGCAGGUACCAGUCAAGUCAGUACAGUGUCUGCAUCUAGUGCCGCCAGUUCCAGUAACCAUUUCCAAUUUGUUACUGUGGACUCGGGUGCAACCUGCCAAUUACCUAGAACCACUCAAAUGAGAAAUAACGAGAAUAAUGAUUAUAGGUGCUAUGGAAAUAGUGAUAAGACUUUUCCAAUUCAGAGAACUGGCAAAGUUUCAAUAUGUUUGAAUGCUGCUGAUGUGAGUGACAAUUAUCGCAUUAAUAAAAAUAGAUCUGAAAUGCUUCAUUCAAAAGAAAAUAAUCAUUUUAAUGACAUUUUAAAUGAUGACAAUGAAAAAACACAUUUUGAUCUGCCAGCAGUAUCUCCUGAACAAACUACACUGAUAUCUGAGGAAACAAUAAAUGAGGAGCAACUAGAGGACACAACUCUUCACAGUCAGUCUGGUUUGUUUGACAGUUUGUCAAGUAGGGCAUGGAGAAAUAGAAUUCUGUUCGAGUCACAGCAGCAAUUUCUCAACACUGACAAUUCUCCAAGAACCAAUGCAGCAUCUCUAGCUGGCAGAAUGACUUCAUCAAUAUUGAGAGAUCUAUACAGAUUUACUACAAGAUUUAGAGAUGGCAGCAUUGAUGUUACUUCAAAUAUUGAUAUUGCAGAAGAAGAUAGAUAUAAUAGUGAGAGAGAGGAAGUUUACAGACUUGCUGGUUUUACAAGCAGAUCAGACCGCACUUUUUCAUAUACAGAGGCCCACGCUUCAUCAAGUGUCAGGGAUGAUCAGGUGAGAAGAAGGGAUGAUACACAAGGUCCAUUCCAGAGAUAUUUUCAUAAUCUUAUGUAUCAGUUUUACAUGGAGAUAUUUAUGUGGAUGUAUAUUUCGGUGAGCACAAAUCCACGAUACAUCAGUUCUGUCGUGUUAAUUGAUCUGAUUGGACAAGGUUUAGGACAAAAUUCGGAAGAUGUGCUGGUUACAUUGCUGGCUGGAUUUCUAGAAGGAUCAUUGUCCUCAAUGGGUUUACAUGUUGAAAUGGUUGACAUAUUGUUACAGCAGAUAGACAUAAGGCGUCAGGUUUUUCCAGAUAUGAUUGCAACAUUACGAGAUAUUUCUGUGCUCCUAUACUUGAGACUGGAACCAAGCUCUUUCCUGGGACAAUUUACAGAGAUUAUACGACAAGCUGCAAGGAAUGUAAUUCUUCAGCAAGAUCAGACAGGAACCAGUAUCUCAAAUGCUAGGAGUACUUCUUGUCAACAUGAUGAGUUGGGAACCAGACGAAGCAUGUCAAGUCAGCACGAUUUGCCAAGAUUUUGUACGCCUGACAUCAUUGCAAGUCCUGGCACAAGGCGCAGGUCAGCACGAGAACGUCAUGUGGGAAGGCACGGUGAAGCGUCGCCAGAGCGCCGCGCGUUUCAGCCGCCACUAGCUUCACAGCAUAUACAUCCUGCCGCUCUACCUCUACAACAACAACAACAACAACCUGUACUCAUUGAUGUGGAAUCGGUUCAGGCAGCUGCUCCGGUCACUAUGGCACCCUAUGGUCUCCCACUGUGUACUGGUCCACACAUGCCUAUUUGUACAUCAGCUACGGGUCACAUACCUGUGUGCGCGGCCACGGGUCAGGCCACUUGGUCGUUUCCCGCCUGCAGUAUACAACACAUUCCAGCCUGCAGUCUGCCUCAGUUAGCUCCCCUGACUACGCAUCAUCAUCCGUCGAUACCUCAUGUCUUCACACCCACACAUCGUCCACCUCAGCCUACAGGCAACAUGGCACAUCAUCCACAGCAUCAUCAUCAACAACAGCAACAACAACAACAUCAUCACCAUCAUCAUCAGCGGUUACAACAACAACAUCAUUCUCAACAUCCUCAUUAUACAGCAAAUCAUCAACAGCGGGGCCAGGAAGAAGAGGUUUAUAUUGAACGUAUGCAUCGUCGGCCACCAGCAUACCAUCAUGUGCCACACCGAGGGUUCCCUCACACGCCUACCCUCACCCCAUCACCUCCACUUAUUCUACAAGAGCCAGCAGUACAUCCCACUCCACAAGAUAUUUUUGGUCCUUUUCAGAGGUUUUACACACAACAUAGAACUAUGGGUCGGCGAUCAAUGAGAAACUUCCCACCUCCUCCACCACCUUACCCAGGAUUCCUGUUACACUUCCUAGCAAUGUUGGGGAAUCCCCCUGUACCUCCUUAUGGACGUGACCUCCAUGACGAAGCUACAGAAGAGAACUAUGAGGCCUUGUUGAAUCUCGCAGAAAGACUUGGAGACGCAAAACCCAAAGGUCUGUGCAAGCCAGAAAUCGAGCAGCUCCCUGCAUACAGAUUUAAUGGCGAGAAUCUCCGUAAUGGUGCCGAUCAAACAUCUUGUGUUGUAUGCAUGUGCGAUUUUGAGAACAGACAGUUACUUAGAGUUCUGCCUUGUUACCACGAGUUCCACGCAAAAUGCAUCGAUAAAUGGUUAAAGACAAAUAGAACAUGUCCAAUUUGCAGAGCAGAUGCCUCGGAAAUAGGGAGUCAGUCUGAUUAGUUAAUGCAGCAAAAAAUUGUGCACAGUCAACAGGAGAAAAAAAGUGUGUUCUCAAGGUGUGCAUAAGAAUUGUAACUUGUGGAAAUCACACCUCCAGUUGUGUAAUUGAAGAAUUCUGUCAAAAUGAUGACAGUGACAUUUUACAAUCAAUGCAAAAAUGAUGAUGUUCAUUGUCGGUGCAGAAUUACUUGCAAUGAGUUUUUUCUCUCUUUGUUUUAAUAUAGAAACAAACAAGCAAACAUCAGUGAUUUAAAUAAAGUGCUGUUUGUAAUAUAACAUAUUGUUGUGUUGUUUUAAAGAUUUGUGCUGAUUCAAUUUCUGUUUUUUUUUUCUUCAGUGUUGUCUAUUUUUUCUUUGUUAAUUAUACAUAGUACAAAGGUAUAUUUUUCACACACACUCAAAGUAUUCUCAUUUUAUGUGCAUUAUUGUAUAUUACUUCAUGUUGGCACAUUUUUGUUUCUAAAUUUAGCAACUUAUAUGAUCUAAGCCUUAUAUUAAAGGUAACUGCUACCCAAAAAUAGUAUCAUCAAAAUUGGAAUUUCAAGUAAAACUGAUUUAAAAUUACAUUUCUGUCUUUUCUUUUACCAUUAAAGUGGUUUACAGAAUAAUAGUCCUAGAUAUUUUCCUAUGUUCCAGAAUUGUUUUUAUGCCAAGUUGAACCUUUGACCUAACAUGCCUGGCUGGUGGCUUUGAUUUAUAAUAAACCGGAGAAUAAAAGUUCAUGUUAUUAAAAAUCUAAUAUCAUUAAAGAUUUAUUUUGUAUAACAGAACCUUUGCAAAUAAUAUUUUUUUUAAAAUAUUUCAAAAUUUGAAAAUGAUUUCUGUUUUUGAUUAAAAAAAAUUUUUUAUAAGAGAUCAAUGCUGAAAUUGAGAGUGAUCUUUUCUAAUACAUAUUUAAUGGUUUUUAAAAAAAGUUUGAUAUUAAUGCCGGUAUUAUCAGAUUAUGAUUUGCCAGUAGACAAAGUGCUUCCCAUUUGUGGCCUAAAUGAAUUAUUAUUGAAUUUUUAGUGUUUCAAAAAUUGUAUAAAAAACAACAUCAGAUUGUAAUCUUGUAUCAUUUUUGUACAAACUGUAAAUGUGUAUUAUUUUAGGAUGCUAAUAGUAGGCGUUAUUCUAUGAAGGCGCUUAAUUUAAGUUUAUUUAUAAUUCUAUGAAGUAUUUAUAUAUUGUCUUUAAGACUGUAUUAUUGUAAAAAAUAACUACACCUUAUUUUUGAAAACUACAAUCCCUGUGAUGUUGUGAUGUAAAUUUGUGCGAUUUGUUCACGGCACAUAAAAAAGCUAUUCUAUAUUUUGUACAUAUGUUUGGAGUUAAGCACUACAGCACCUUCACACUUGGUCCAAAGGGUAAACUUGUGCUGAAAAUUGUUUUUAUCUUCUUUUUUUUCUGUUUUUUAGGGUUUUUUUUUAGCUCACCUGUCACUUUGUGACAGGGUGAGCUUUUGUGAUCACUUUUCGUCCGUCCGUCGUCCGUAAACUUUAACUUUAAAUGACAUCUCCUCAUAAACCACUGAGCCAAUUUCAUCCAAACUGCACAGGAGUGUUCCUUUGGUGGUCACCUUUGAAAAUUGUUCAAAGAAUUUAAUUCCAUGCAGAACUCUGGUUGCCAUGGCAAUCAAAAGAAAAAACUUUAAAUGUCUUCUUCUAAAAAACCCAAAGAGCUAGAGCUUAGAUAUUUGGCAUGAAACAUCUUCUAGUAAGUGUCUACCAAGUUUAUUCAAAUAAAAGCCCUGGGGUCAAAAUUGGCCCGCCCCAGGGGGUCAUUGAUUUUCUCUUUAUGUAUAUAGUAAAAACUUAAAAAAUCUUCUUUUAAAGAAUCAAAAGAGCUAGAGCUAAGAUAUUAAGCAUGAAACAUAUUCUAGUGAGUGUCUACAAAUAUUGUUCAAAUAAAAGCCCUGGGGUCAAAACUGGCCCUGCCCCAGGGGUGUCAUUGUUUUUAAAUAUAUGUGUAAAGAAAAAACUUAAAAAAUCUUCUUUUAAAAGACCCAACGAGCCAAACCUUAGAUGUUUAGUAUGAAACAUCUUCUAAUAAGUGUCUACCAAGUUUGUUCAAAUAAAUGCCCUGGGGUUUAAACUGGCCCCGCUCCGGGGGGCCAAUAUACAGGUGAGCGACUUCAGGGCCAUCAUGGCCCUCUUGUUUUUGGCAGGGAUGUUAUGCUUUAAUUGAAGUUCUUUUAUAAUUUCAUGUGUGGAAUUUGGUUAUUUUUUUUUUUAAUCAAUUUUGUGUCAAACUAUAUUGUUCAAAUGAUGCAAAUUCUAUUUUCGAGUCGUAAAUAAUGAUCUCCACAGGAAAGAAAAAAAAGAUUAACAUAUAUACAUUAUAUUCAUGUAAAUUAAAAAAGAUAUUUAUAUUCAUGGGAUAUCAAUUUUUUGUAUUAACAUCAAUUAAUUACACUUCAUUUUUAUUUCGUAAAAAAAAAAAUCGCAAAAGAAGCAUACUCAUUUUUAGAAAUCCAUGUUUGUAAAUAUAUUUGAACAAAUUGUGUGUUCAAGAAAAGUUAAAAUUAAAAUUUUACAAUAAGAAAUUUGCAUUUAAUUCUUGCAACAUUUGAAAUUUCAAUAUUCUAUAACAAGUUUUGUGGUAGACAUUUAUAAUAAAUAUGCAAUCUUUUUUUUCUUUUUUUUUUUUUUUGUAAUUGUAGGUCAGUUUUAUCUGUUGUUAACAUUUUUCUCUCUUUUUUACAUUUUUUUUAUAAAUAAACAAAAAUAAGAAUAUGCAAUUAUUAUUAGUUUUUUGUAGAUCUCGCAUUUGUAUGUAAAAAAGGGAAAAAAUCAUAAAUAAAAAAUUUAUACCAAAUUCCUGUAAAAUAUUGGGAGAGAAAUAUAUUCUUGUUUUUGUUGCACAAAUGCUUUACCCCCUUGGUAUUCCCCUGCCGCCCUUCCCCCAAGCAAGCAAUUGCCCCUGCACAUCCCCUACCCCCCCCCCUCCCCCUUUGUUUAUCAUUUUUUGUUAUGUCUGUUGAUGAUAUAAUAAUUUUUCGUAUUAAACGUUGAUGUCUUCUUGUUUACAGAUAAUUAUUACAAUGUUUACUGUACUCUAUAAUUUUAAUGAUAGUUUUUGUGGAUUUUUAAUUUGUUAAACAUAAACAGUUCUCAUUUUUUUACUGUUGAAAAGAAGAGACAGAAGUUUUAAUAACUGUAGUAACAUGUUUACUUCUUUUUAUAUGAUAUAUAUAUAGAUAUUUACUUACUUUUUCUUAGGGUCUUCCGUUAUGACAAAAACUCUUUAUAAACAUUUUGAACCUGCUAUUUUACCUCUUGAUGAAAAUAUUUAUUGUUUCUUAGAAAAGUUGUUUCCAUAUUUUUUGUUGGCAUUAAAAUCGAAACGUAUUAAACAAUAUCCUUUUUUUCAGUAUCUGAAAUAUUGUCUGUCAGAAUUUUUCGCUGUCAUGUUUCUAGAAAAUUUAUAAUUUGUAAAAAUGUCUGCAACAUGUGAAACAUAUAUUUAUAUACCUUUCCUGCUAUAUAGUAUAUCAAUUCAACUUACUGUAUAUACAAAGAAAUAUAUAUAAUGAAUCAGGCCAGUAAAUUUUCAUGCACACAUAUUAUGUUUUUUGUCUUUAAAUUUUAUCUUCUUCUUUUUUUUUUCGUUCUUUGAACUAUGAUAACAUAAUUAUAUAAUUCUGUAAUUAAUUCUCUUCCAAAUUUUAUGCUUAUAACAAUCAAAGUCAGAAUUAUAAUGUCAAAACAUUGCAGGUUUAUUGAAUUUUGUCUCAGUUAUGUUUUUAUGAUGGCCUGUUUUAUCUGUUUAUUAACCGAUAAAUCUAGCUUAAGAAUUAAUAAGAUUUUUUUUUAUCAUGAGCUGAUGAAAUGCCUAACGCUUAAAUCACAGUCUUUAUUAUCAUUAGUAGAUCUGUUAUUUUAUAAUUAUGUGUGAUUUGAGAUGGGUGUUGUUGAUGUGAGAUCCAAAUUAAAGUAUUUGAAUUUGUAAAAAAUGUAAGCCAAAAUUAGGUAACAAUAUGUCCGAAAUUACUAGUUCACUUUUAAAGAAAGCCAUGAUUUUUAAACACUAGCAAAUAGGGAUUCAUAAAAUCAUUUUUAAGUUUCAAUAUUUUUUAACAUUUUACCCAACCACGCAAUUACAUUACAAGUGAGGAAGGUAUCCAGCUUGCUUAUGGAAUGUUGAUGGUUCUACUCGACCACUCACUUGAGCCAGAGAUAAUGCACAGAACGGCAUCUGGUGUCCUACUCUACCAACCAACCAAGCUGAAUAUCUCCGUACAAACUUGAUCUAUACAAAAAAAUGUUUUAACUAUAAACUUUUAAGGUUUUACUUUCUAGAGCAAAUAUUGGAUUCAAAUAAAGUCUUUGUUGAUCUGCAAAAUUAGUAUUGUUUCCAGUAGUUGUUUUUUUGUUCUUUUGUAUUGUUUUACAACAUUUGUUUGAAAUUAUAAUGCCAAACGUUUCUCGUACAUUGCUAAUUAUUGUUACGUUAAGUGCAACAUUUUUGAUGUUGUUUUUCUCAAAUUUCAUUUACAAAUUUAUAUUUUAAUCAAUAUUAAAGAGAAUGGCUCUUUUGUAAAUGCUGAUUUUCCCCCAAGUUGAAUUUGAAAAAUAUAUCUUUAAAUUCAUGUACAAACAUAAAGUUAAGAAAUAAUGUUUAAUUAUAUUUUGGAAAGGCAGUUUGGCUUUUGUAUCAGUUUAAUUUUGUAGUUAUCCAAAAAAAUGUCUUGUUAUUUAGAAAAACACUAAAAAAAUCCACCACCAACAACUUUAACAAACAAACAUUUCUACCUCAUUAUUUGAAUCAGGUGUUUGGGGCUAAAGGAUAAAUUUUAUCAUAUUAAUGGAAAGUAUUAUCAAAACUUUAUAUAAUAAAGCAUAUUUGUUUUUUGCUUCAUGUGUUUAAGGUCACGAAAUUAGAUUUAACAUUGUUAAUAGUUUCUUGGUUAUUAUAUUACAUUAAAGUACAAAAAGAUCAAUCUAUGUCCUUACUUCAUUAGUUAUAGUAUAAGAAAAACUUUGUUUAUACAUUUAAUUAUGCUAUGUAAAUGUUUGUGUGACGUAGAAAGAUUAUUAAAAGCUGCUUUAAUUAAAUUGAUAUGUUUUGUCACUUAUUGAUAUUCUCAAAAAAAAUCAUUUGUUUUAAUAUUUGUAUAGGGUAAUUCUAUUUUCCUUCAACUUUUUUUUAAAUUUAUAUUUAGACGUAAAUAGGAAUUAUAGAAUGUUACAUAAGUUGUCAUGUGGAACCGACUUACAUACAUGUCUUAAAAGUGUCAAGGAAAUAAAGAACAGUGUCUGUUGCAGGCUUCAUACCGUUUUGGUGAAGAGUUAAAUGUAAGCCUAAUAUGACAUGACAAAAAAAAAAUCGCCAACUUGGUGCUGUAACUGGUUAACUCCUAUUAAAUUUAGAAGGACUUAACCUGUUACUGCACUAAGAUGAUGAAACUAUAGGUUCUUCAAUGACACAACACAUGACGUCAUACAGCCAGCAAACAUAAAAAUACUCGCAAAAUAAAUAUUUGAUGGACAAUUCUUAUAUCAGAGUGUGUAUAAUGAAAUACAUUGUGGUUAUAUUAUAUUGAAAUUAAGCAAUGUCAUGUAAAUUGACAGGAUGUUGUUCAUUUAUAAGAUACAAAGUUAAAAAGUAAAAAAAAAAACAGUAUUUUUAACCCCCUCAAAAGUUAAAACAUUUUCUACCUUAUGCUACAGUCAUAACUUGACUAGAAUUAUUCACGAGUUUUUGUUUUUUUUCCUGUUGAUACUUUAAGCUAUAGUUCUAUAGAUUGUUGUUACUUAAGUUAAAGACAUACUAUUCAAGAUUACAUUUGUUUUUAGUGAUCUAGUGUUUUAAAUGUGAGUUUUUUUUGUUUAUCUGCGUGUAAUCUGGUUGUCCGUAAUGUCUGAUUUGUGAAAUUAUGUCAAUAGUGAUCGUUUUGUCUUCUAUGUUUCUAUAGACACAUUAUACUGUUGGUCAGAUCCGACUGUUGACACAUGCUGUAUUUGUUUUAUGGAAGAUGUAUUCUCGUACAAGCAGUAGCAGCUUUUAAAUGUAUUCAGCGCCACUUUCUGUUUGCAUAGCUUAAGUCUUUGUGUACUUUUAAAAAAUGUUUAUAUUAAAAAUAAAUUUCUUUCAAAAAGCAAUAAACAUAUUCCUAAUCUAAAA